UGCCAGUAGUUCCUAGUGAGACUCGGGGCAGAGAUCUCGUCCGAGCAGUGCGCGCGCGCGCCUCGGCCGUUACGUCGAUGAGGCUUUUACGGUUACGUCCCUAGACUUCGCUAGACCUGGCCAACGAAUUCAUAGCUACAACCUGGGUACACCCAAAUCCUUUUUGGGUACACCGUGUUCUUCACGGUCGCAUAUUCCGCACGUAUCUGUUUUCAUUACUAUCUACCAAAUUUUCUCUAUUCCUAACUCUGCAGGACAACGAAUUCAGAAUUCGUUGCCGCAGGCGGUUCAAGAUUUCAGUGCGACGCGGUGUCGGGUCUACUCAUUGGACGAUAGUAAGAAUAUAACAAGGCUGCAGCUGGUGAUCCGCGAUUGCGGAACAUGAAAUGAUCAUCGUUUAACGUCGCACGAUCGAUGUAGGAGGGAGAAAAGUUACGACGAAUCCAUUGUAAUUUAAUUUCAAGCAAACUGUUCAAGCCGACAGACUAUUUGAACUAAUUCAUGAGGGCAGCCCCUGAAAACCAGGGUGUCGACAUUGCGGUCAAGCGAAUUAAUUAAUUAAUUUAAUCGAGUACCCGCACGCUGUUUAUCAUCGUUUCGAUUUCUGACAUCACGAGCCAUCCAGCUCGCAGAGCUGUCACUGUAUGCCCAUAGUUGCAUACCUAUACGUACAUUCACGCAAUUUAAGUACGUACAAUUUGUCGUAGCAAUUUUAGAAUCGGAAACGAACCAAAAAAACCAGCGACAACAAGGGCUAUUAAUAGUUUGCAGUAAUCACUGAACUGUAAGUGAUAUUAAAACUAGCGAUCGCUAUCGUCAACUUUCGAAUGUCCAUGGUAUACUUUGGAUUCGUGCCUGACCUUGGAAUGGACAGUUGGAAAAACGUGAGAGAACAGCUGUUUUGCUGAUUGGAAAAUACACGUGAAAGAUGCAGUGGCUCAUCGUAAUGAUAUGUUUGUACGCUGGGGUGGCCACCGCGCGUACCGAGGAAGAUCAAUCUUCCGCGUCCAAUAGUUCAGGACCCUCGGGUGCGUUUUACGAUCAGUGCUUUCAUAGACCUGCUUCGGACUGUCCGACCAGCACCGAUGACUGCCCUUGCAAGCGGAUUCAAAUCGCACACGAGAAUUCCGGAGACAGUGCCGUUAUCUGUUGCAACGUGAAUAACGUCACACUUGAGCACGGGUUUUCUUGCGCAGGUGCCAACAACAGCUUCACGCAUAUUCACAUCAGAAAUGCAACCAUAGAAACUAUUUGGGCCAAUGACAAAAGAUGGAGACUCCUCAAGUCCUUGGCAAUCACGGAUGGAAGUAUAAAAUAUCUCAAGGACCAGUUCAUGAUGAUGACACCGCUGAUUUGUUUAAACCUGUCCAACAACGCUUUGAUCGAUAUUGCGAAUAAUAGUUUGAAUCGACUGACGCGGCUCACCACACUUGAUUUGUCCAGCAACAAUCUACUCGACCUGCCCAACUUGAAUAGCAUCAAUGACAGAGUGUUUUGGCUCGAUAUCGCGGGUACCAACAAACUUUGGUGUCAGAACAUCUAUGAGUAUAUUAAUAAAACUGUCGAAAAACAAAUCAAGUUCAACAGAGAGAACGAAACCGUCUGUUCGACCAAUAAAACUUGGCAUUGGUUCAACACCACGGAACACUUGUCGCUAAACCAACUUCGUUACAUAAAUCUGUUGCAACUCGAAUGCCCGAAAGGUGAUACGUGGCAGUGCCACUGUAACUUCCAGAGAUUGGACAUUGUUCAAAGGAAACCACCAAAACUAACGGUCAGCGUAGAUUGCUCUGGUAUACAGCUCACGGAAUUACCGGAAAAGUUGCCACGCAAUACAACUUCUCUCAAUGUAUCGUAUAACAAUAUUACAGUACUAGACGAUUUGGGUACAAAUCCAUACUACGGCGAUAUAAGGGAAUUCCAUGCGGAUUACAACAACAUUUCUUCUAUCAACAAGCUGGAGGGUUCUAAAUUUCUGGAGAAUUAUGACCUAUUGAGUUUGAGAUUUAAUAAAAUAAAAUCGCUUCCAGGAUACAUUUUAGCACCGUACACUCAUGAAAAAACGUACGCUAGUUCACGACACGUCAAGCUCGGAGGGAAUGAACUUCAUUGCGAUUGUAACACGGCAAAAUCUGUGAAAGUGUGGUUACAAACUAGGAUCCUAGACUACGAUGAAGUUCUAUGCGAAAAUGUUAAAGAAAAGGUUGUCGAUUUAGAGUCUGCAAAGAUGUGCGUUUAUCCAGGUGACUGGACCGAUUAUAUUUAUUAUAUUAUUGCCACCGAAAUAAUACUUCUCAUCGGUCUAAUUGCUAAAGUUUCGUACGAUUACUGGAUAUUCAAAACAGCAGGCUAUUUACCCUGGCCUGCGAAUAAAAUGCCAAAACUACCUUGCGACUGGCUGUGCGAAACGUAGUUUCUAAAACUCCAAAUGUCAUACGUCUUUGAGACGAGCGGUUUUAAGUGCAAUUAAUAUUUGUAGAAUAAUUUUCAACUGUAGAAUUAAAUGAGGUAUGAAAUGUUGAAUGAAUCUGACGAUAUCGACCAAUAAUCAUAAAAUAGGAAUUUCCACUUCAUUUGAAUGGCGAUACAUCUAGUAAAUAAAAAAAGUCUACUAUGGCGAGAAUAACCGGGCACAGAAGACGAAUACCCAAGGAGAGCAUUACAGGCAUUUGGAAAAAAUCUUAGAUACACUCAAAAACUACUAUUGAAUAGUUUGAUGAUAGUUUUCAAGAAGUUCAUAAUCAAAGUCUCACGUGAAACUAGAAUGAAUCUCACGAUAAUCUGGUUGCUCAAAAGCGUUCCCGUUUUUGUCGUCAUGCUCGUAGUAAUGAAAUAUUCUGUUUUCAACUCGUAAUAUUUUAAAAGUAAGCCGAAUGAAUAUUCCUGAACUGAGGCGUGGUAAAUUAGUUACCACGUAUGGAAUUGGUGCCAUUCAAAUAUUCGAACAAAUGAUCGAUCCGUUAAAUCAACGAUAAAGACUGAUUACAUAAUUUUUCUUUCUUAAAUUACAACAUCGUGUCUCGUAAAGAAUUUCAGCAACGUAGUUUUGGAAAUACAUUUUUCCCUCCGCUUUUAAUCACCAUGACAAUUGUAAUUUAUCAAAAAUCUAUUUAAGAUUAGAUAUGUGAUAAUGUAAUUUGCAGCGUUAAUCUUGCCUUGUACAGAAUAAUUUUAAGCGUGUUUUCCUCGGAAAUUUACAUAUUGUCGAAUAUCAUAUGACGGAAUGUAAAAAUUAAUGUCCUAGUCUACUAAUCGUUGUAACUAAGUUCUUGUAAUAGACAUGCGUAUCUAUUUUGUACAAAAUUACUCUGUGCUGGGUGAAUGCUGUAUGCUGUGUUUGAAUAAACAUUCAGAUUUGUCACAUUA